GACAAAAAAAUCAAUUUCCACAUUCACUAUUCAUCAUAAGCAUAUUGAAUAUAUCACAAUGGGAAAAAUUAAAGUAAAAGUUGAUGUGAAUUAUUCAAUUAUUAUGGAACUGUGAAGAAAUAAUAUGAAUUGUUGUGUAUGAGCAAAAACCAUAAUUAUGUUGAUAAACAAUAUUAAAAUUUCUUCAUAUGAUUAAUAGUUAAAAAUCUACUGAAUAACAAUAAAUCAUGGAUUAUGAUUACAUGUCAUUUCAUAGAGAAAAAGAUGUUCAUAACAAAUGCUAUGGUGGAAGAUUAUGGUGUAUAAAAGAUAUAUGUGGAAUUAUAUGUGCAAUUUUAACAUGGCUAUUAAUAAUUUAUGCAGAGUUUGUAGUAAUGGCAGUUAUUCUUAUUCCCACAAUAAAUACUUUAUACUCUAGUUUAAAUACUGCAAUAUUUCAGUCAUUAGCUUUUUUAGCAUUUGCAUCUCACUUAAAGACAAUGUUUACAGAUCCUGGUGCUGUUUUAAAAGGAAAUGCUACAAAGGAAAUGAUAGAACAAAUGGGAUUUAGAGAUGGACAAGUCAUUUUUAAAUGUCCUAAAUGUUGUUCUAUUAAACCUGAUAGGGCACAUCAUUGUUCUGUUUGCCAAAGAUGUAUUAGAAAAAUGGACCAUCAUUGUCCAUGGGUUAAUAAUUGUGUUGGAGAAAAUAAUCAAAAAUAUUUUGUACUUUUUACUUUCUAUAUAGCAGGAAUGUCAUUGCAUUCUUUAUUCUUAUGUAUACAACAAUUUGCUACAUGUGUAAGACAGGAAUGGAAAGAAUGUUCUACAUUUAGUCCACCUGCAACAGUGGUAUUAUUACUUUUUUUGGCUUUUGAAGCCCUCCUAUUUGCCAUUUUUACAGUUGUAAUGUUAGGAACACAAUUACAAGCAAUUUGGAAUGAUGAAACUGGUAUUGAACAACUUAAAAAGGAAGAAGCCAGGUGGGUUCGUAAUAGUAGAUGGAAAUCUAUUCAAGCUGUAUUUGGAAGAUUUUCCAUUGCUUGGUUUUCACCAUUUACUUCUCCUCCAAAAGGAAAAACAAAGCAAGAUUCUUAUUUAUAUUCCGUAUAAUAUGUAUUACGGUUUAUGGUUGAUUCCCAGGGAUAUUUAAUAUUUUUAAAUAUAAAAUAAUUAUGACGUAUCAUG